CGGCUCUCAUUGGUUUCCACCGGUGUUCACGGCCCGGGUUGGAAGACGGCUGCUGGUGGAAAUUUACCGAGGAUAAGGCCUCAUGAGAGCAGACAUGCUGUCGUUUCGACAUACUUGAUGUGGUGAGAGAGGCGGCAACUCGUGUCGAAGGUUAUGGAGGCAAACCUUCUGUGUUUCAUCCUUUUUACCCUGGUUGGCCUUGUCUUAACCUCCUCCAACGAUUAUCUCCACAAUGGCACCAGCCACCACCACUACUGUGUGCUCGGAGCCGGACCUGCUGGCCUGCAGAUGGGGUUCUUCCUCUCCAAGGCAAAACGGGACUACAUCAUCCUGGAGAGAAACUCCAGUCCGGGCAGCUUCUUCAACAAAUACCCCAGGCACAGAAAGCUGAUUAGCAUCAACAAAGUCCACACAGGAAGACACAACGCAGAGUUCAACCUGCGGCACGACUGGAACUCUCUGCUGAGCGAUAAGCCGGACCUGCUGUUCAAACGCGUUAGCGGGGAGUUCUACCCGCCGGCCGACGCCUUCCCUCUCUACCUGUCGGCGUUUGAGAGGGAGUUGGGGUUGAAGGUGAAAUACGGCGUGGACGUCGGACGGGUCAGGUCGGUGCGGUCAGCCACAGGAAGGAGCUACAUCCUCACCGAUCAGCACGCAGCAGAUUACUCAUGCAGUAUUCUCCUGGUAGCCACAGGUCUGUGGGUUCCUCAGGAGGUGGAGUUCGCCGGGUCGCACCUGGCCGAGGGCUACGAGUCCAUCUCCACCAACCCUGAUGACUACAAGGACCAGGCCGUGCUGAUUCUGGGGAAAGGAAACUCCGCCUUCGAAACGGCCCAGAGCAUCUUAGGGAGUGCAAGCCGGGUGCACAUGCUCAGCUCCAGCACCGUCCGGCUGGCCUGGCAGACGCAUUACGUUGGAGAUCUCAGGGCUGUUAAUAACGAGGUUUUAGACACAUACCAGUUGAAAUCUCUGGACGGUCUGGCAGAGGCUCGCUUGGAGGACGUAGUCAUCACCAAACAGGAGGAAAGGGGCAGGAAGAGGUCAGGAACAAAGAAUCCAGAGACGAGGGACAAGCUCUAUCUAAACUUAAGGCAGUUCAAGCAGACCGGUGAGGAGGGGAAAGGUUUCGACGAACCUCGGGACGAGUUUCCGGACCACAUCGACAACUUCUCCCUGCGUAAACCCUACGAUCGGGUGAUCCGCUGCCUUGGCUUCCGGUUCAACUUCAGCAUUUUUGACAGCUCUGCACGGCCGCCGCCCAGCGAAAACGCAAAAGGCAGACUGCCGGGCGUGACGGCGUGGUACGAGGGGAAGAACACUCCCGGUCUGUUCCUGUUGGGAACCGCCUCUCACUCUAGAGACUACCGGUCCUCUGCUGGGGGCUUCGUCCACGGAUUCCGUUACACAGCCCGAGCCGUUCACCGUGUGCUGGAAUACCGUCACCACGGCAACACAUGGCCGUCGACCAGACUUAUGACAACGCAGCUGAUGUCCUGGAUCCUGAAGCGGGUCGGGGAGGCCUCCGGACCGUACCAGAUGUUUGAGACGCUUGGGGAUGUUAUUCUUCUCCGAGGCUCCCACUGUGAGUACGUGGAAGAGUUUCUGCUCCAGGCCUUGCCCCGGUUCUCCUCUCUCUCUGGCCAUAAUGUGUCCAGUCAGGGACUGAUAGUUCUGGUCAUGCAGUACGGGAAGAGCAAGAUAGACUACCUGGGGCUCGACAGGUCAGAAACCGACUGGACCAGGGCUUGGAAAUCCAACUUCCUCCACCCUGUUUUAUACUACUACGACUCGCUCCCUACGGAACAGGACAUGAAGACGCGUCCCCACGGCUGGCCUUUGCCGAGGCCGAAGGCCAUUCAUCACAUGGUUGAGGACUUCCUCAUAGAGUGGGACACUCCGCUGUCUCACAUCCAGCCUCUGCGGCGCUUCCUGGAGCACUGUGUCCACUCUGACCUGAGGGCCUUCAGCUCAGAAAACUGUUUCCGCUCAGCUCUCACGCACCGUAAGCCGCCGCUGUUUUGUCAGCAGAGAUAUUUGACUCGUUAGGGUGUCGCGCAGCAAGCCGAGGCGCAGCGUCCACCAGGUGCCAGCCAGGCAAGUCGCCCACGGAACGGCAGCAAACCCCGCUUUUCCAAGCCACCCGGGAUCAGCCGGAGCGUCCGUGUCCUCUGGACACUUGACCUCUGAUUGUAUUACCCAAAAAAUAAUGUUUUGUGCGACGGCGUAUUAUAGCCGUUGUAGAUGCAAUAUAAAAAGAAUAAAGCAAAGGGUAAAUUUCCGCCCCCCAAAAAAGUUAAAACUUGCGUGAAAAAAAAAUCAGAAAUUUACAAUUUUCUUAAUCUCACAAUUUCUGAGUUUCCUGGAGGAAAUUUACUCUUCCCUUUUAUUCCCCCUGUCAACAAUGGCCGGAAAAUGCAUCAUUCUGUUGUCAUUUUCUCAGGAAGAUCAAAUAUCUUAUCCUUAUGCUAGAGAAAUUUAUCUUUACUGCCAUUGUGGGCAACUUUUUCUACUCAGAAAUUUUUUUUAAUUAAUUUUUAGGCAAUGUUAGACUAAAACAAAAGUGGUUUUCCAUUGAUUCCUUGGUUUUCCCAAGUUUUUUAUUUGUGUCAUAACCUGCUGGUUGCAAAGUUAUUGCUGAUCACUGGAAGAUGGUACUUGUUACUUGAAAGAUCAAUUAUUGUUAAAAUAUUUCCUUUAUAUAACUGA